AAGUCAGUUCCUUUGCUGCAGAUGAGGAAAGAGGAAAGAGAACAUGCCCCACCCGCCUAUUCCCAGCCCACCGUGUCCUCUCUCCACCAACCCAGUCCGGGCAAGUUAAUGUUCCUGAUCCCUGAUGGUGCCUGUAUUCCCCAGGGAAUUCAACACAUAUUGGCUUGAGGUAUAAAAGACUGGGAAGUUUCCUUUCCACGGACCUGACUACACUAACAGCACUGAAGGCUUCCUGGCUUUGCAAAUAAGUGACUCCUGAUUGGGAAUGUUGCUCCUGCAAGUUCUCCUCCAGUCUUGGGCUUUCUAUCACUGGGCAUAUGGUGAAGAAACUCAUACAUUCAUCAUGACGUUGAUUGCCAACUUUUCAAAAGACAACUCUGUGGAAUUUGUAGGCAGUGCCAUCCUAGAUAGGACACUGACCCAUAGCUUGGACGGUCCUAAUGGACAACUCAAUGUGAGCCAGCUGCUUCCAUUGCAGCCACCAAACAUCUGGGACCAGACGAAAAGCAAUCUGCUUGAUUACCUGCAGAGCUUCCAGGCACUGGUUAUGUUGUUAUCUAAGGAAAGGAAAAUAUCCUAUCCCAUAUCCAUAUAUUGCACAAAGGGGUGCCAAGUCUCUGAAAAUGGCACCAGAAGCUUCUACAAGAUUUUGCUCAAUGGGACUGAUUUCCUGAAAUUUCACACAAACAAUAAUAGCUGGGAAGGUUUAUCUAACACUCUUAUGGCCAAUUUUACCAGUAAGAAGCUGAAUAAAUUCCCAGAGACAACCACCAAUCUACAGUUCUUCCUACAAGAAACGUGUGUCAACUUUGUAAGGGCGCACACUAACAACAAAGGAGCUAUUACUGGGAAACGUGAAGGACAUUCACACACCCCACUGGUGAUAGGCAUCAGUAUCGGUGCUCUUUCUCUAAUGGGAUUAGCUGUUUGCCUGUUCUUGUGCACAGGUGGGAAGAGAUAGCACAAGCACUGACAAAGAAAUGAACAUCAGCUUUCUAGGUAGUUCAGUGGAGCCCAUCGGAAGAGAAUGAUGCAGCGACCUGUAAGUGUGUGGGGAAACAGACCAGAGUUUACACAACAAGCCUGUACUAUUCACCUCUGACACCUGCAAGUCAAAUUCUAAACAGAUCAACACUAUGAUAAAUUAAGAAAUCUUGUAUUUAUCUGAACAAAUGUUGUCUUAUCUUCUUUGAAGACAGCCCAGAAACCUCAGCUGGUGUAAUAGAAGAUUUUGGACUAGGAGGCCCAGGCUCAAGUUCCAACAAAGCUCAAUCAGUCACUUUGGGUCAGUCACUUUCAACCCAACUCAACCCAAUAUGCCAGUU